AUGGACGGGGUGAUGACAUUCGUGAAUCCCGGCAGGCAUUGCGCCAAGGAUUCCAUCUGGCUCGUGAAACGCUGCACAAAGCCCGACCGCAAGGUGUUUCAGAAGAUCGCAAUAGCGACGGCAAUUGGCUUUGCCGUCAUGGGCUUCAUCGGCUUCUUCGUGAAACUCAUCCAUAUUCCCAUCAACAUCAUGGUUAAGAUCAACUGGAGUUCUACUUUGAAAGAGAUGUUGUGCACGCCGAUGCCGUGCAGCCCCGCGGCGUUCAGUUACAGCGACCGCACCUUGGCCGCCGAUGACACCUCGAGCGAGAGUUUUGUUGACACGCGGUUCUGA